ACUAAAAUGGAUCAAGCGAAACCUACUAAAAAGAUUGAGAAAUUAGUUAACCUUCCAAAAAAUAGAAAAAAUUUACAAUCAAAUUCAUCAACCAUAAAGGCAACUAUUAAAAAUGAUACUAAAACAACGUCUAAUACAACUACAAGUACAGUCAACAAAGUUACUCCCAAAAUUAAUAUUAAAACCACUUCCACAAAUUCCUCUCAUCAAAAUAUAUAUUUUUACAAUUCAGAACAUUUAUUUAGACCUAAAACAAAUAGAAGAUUAGAAAAAGAGAAAGCACUGAUGAUGGAAUGCUUAGAAAAAUAUAGAAGAGGAGAAUUUGAUUCCCCACAAAGUUUAGAAAACACAGAUAGUGAUGAUAAUGAAGCCAAUGGAGAUGAAGGUGUUUAUAAAGAUGAUAAAUUUGAUAGCUUAGCCUUCAAAAGAGUAAAAACUAAUGAUGGUGAACCUAUACAAGGUAGAAGUGAUGAUGAUAAUACAAAUUCUAUGUCUUAUAAACAUAGUAAAUAUUUUACACCUAAGGUAUGUGAUUCAUAUUCUUAUCCUAACUCCACAUCAGUAUCAGAUAAUAUUUCAUCUCUUAAAACUUCUAAGAUCAACCUAAAAAAAUCCUCAAAAUAUUUUUCAAGAGAAUCAGACAAUAAAAAUAGCAUAGAUUUAGGAUAUUAUAGUCUAGGUCAAAAUGGUGUAAGUUCGAAACCCAUUAAGUCAAAAUUAGGCCAGAAUGCCAAAGCUGACAUGCAAGACUUAGAUAAAUCUUUUAGAAAAUUUACCCCCUUGGAAUUGCAAUUUCUCAAUAUGAAAAAUGAAUGGCCAGAUGCAAUUCUGAUGAUUGAAUGUGGAUACCGCUAUAGAUUUUUUGGAGAUGAUGCCCAAAUGGCAUCCAAAUUACUAAACAUUCAAUGCAACCCAGACAAAAACUUUGUCACCUCUAGUGUACCUGCCCAUAGACUAUCAGCCCAUCUUAAACGCUUGGUUCAAGCUGGACUUAAAGUAGCGGUUAUUAAUCAAAAUGGUCAUUCAAAAUUGCUGGAUUGCCCUGACAAUUUUUACGAUAGAAACUUAUCCCACCUUUACACUAAAUCUACCUUUCUUAUCACCCCUCACUAUGAAGAAUAUGCGUUAUUUGACAAAGUUGUUGAUAAUUCCAUGAGCAUCAAACAGGAUCUUGAAUAUACGAAUCCUCUAGAAGAGGAACUAGACAUGCAAGAUUCUCAAGAUAUCCCUGGGGCAUUGGUCAUUAUGUAUCAGGACAAUGGUGGGAAGUCAAAAAAGGCACUAUCCACAUGGGAUUCAACCAUGACCCUGCCCAUAUUAGCUGUCAAGUUCGGCACUGGCGAAAUAUCGUACAAUGAAAUUUCCGGAGAGCAACACUCUACAACCUUGAAAAUGAUCAGUCAAUUAGAGCGCCUUAUGACGUCAUUAAAGCCCACAGAAAUACUUUUGCCGGAUGGGGCUAAUUUGUGUGAAGAAGUGGAAAAAGUUGUGAAAGAUGUGGUCAGGCAAAGCGUCAAAACGGGAGACCUGAUCAGAGUGGAAAGGCUCAGUCCUUCUCAAUUCGAAAAAGAUGAUGUGCUGGAAUAUCUGACCGUAUCAUUAUUAUCAUGCAAUAAAUCAGAAAACAUUGGAUUACUUACCAAAAACGAUCGCUUGCUUCGACGAGCAACAUUGCAUUCCGUCCUCGUUAGGUAUUUGAAAACGGGGUUUUUUAGUGAGCGCGCCAUAAACGCGCUGCUUCCUCUGGAUCAGAUGAUUUUAUCGAUGCGUGACGAGCCGAAUAGCAAGAUGGCGACCGACGGAAAUCUGCUGGAACAUUCUGCGAGUCUUUACUCGCAUCUGUUUACGGGAAAGGAUGGUAGAGCCUCUCCUAAGACUCCACAGGGAAGAAGAAAAUUGCUAAAGUGGAUCGAGGAACCUUUGACUAACCUCAACAAUAUAGAAGGCAGACUGGACACCGUGGGAGAAUUGCUUGGACUUGUUAAUGAUUCUUCCCAAGAUUCGUUACUCACCCUGAGCCUGCUAAAUUCCAUCCUCUCUUCUAAUAAUUCUGGAACAGAUCUCCAAAAAGUUAUUAGUCUUGUCAAGUAUGAGCUCUGCAAACCUUCUCACAUGGCUAACAUCUUCGCGUUUUGCACAAAAUUGGACAGGGUUUUCAAAAAAUAUCGACCUAAUGACGUGGGUGAAGAUAGCAAAUUACGUUAUAUUUUCAAGAGCAGGGAACUGGAAGAAAACCUCAGAGAUAUCUCAAAGAUAACAGCGAGAGUGAAUGACGAACUGCAGAAGGAUUUUCUUAGAACUGGAUUGGUGAAUAUCGAAGCCUUAAGGCAAAACAAUAUAGAGAACAUUUUCAACAACCCCAAUGAAGAGAAUUACUCCUUCAAUUCUUCUUCUCUUGUCGAUUUCUCUAGCGCGUCAACGCUGAACGCACUCGUUCAAAGUGUUCCUGAAUUAACACGAUUAAGAUACGCUAAGCUUGACAUUAUGGACUCCCUGGAGACUCACCUGCAUAACCUGACUGCUGUCACAAACCCGCAAAUUGAAAUCGUUCGAAAUUUCUCCGUUUAUCACGAAGGUUACAAACGGAUAGGCGAGAAUUUCAAAGCCAAAAAGACUGGCAUGGGCACUUGCUUGCGAGUUAGUAACGAUGACGUUAUUGCCGGAACCGUUAAAAUACCUCUCGAGUGGAUCAGGAUUAAUUCAACUAAAAAAUGGUCCCGUUACAAAGACCCUUUCAUAAUAGACAUCGAUGCUCGUUUUAACCAAUGGACAGCUUCCUUUUCUCUGCAAUUCAAUAGAAUUUGGAAAGAUUUCCAACGUUAUUUCGAUGCUACUUACUUUAACGAUAUCAAGACAAUCCUAGAUAAAAUAGGGGAUCUUGAUUGUUGGAUGUGCUUAGCACUUCUUUCUUCCCAACCGGGCUACACUCGUCCCUUUUUUAUUCAGCACGGCAAACUCUUGCAUAUCGAAGGUGGCAGGCACCCUUUUGACAUAUCAGGCACAAGGCAUAAAGAUUUUAUAAGCAAUGAUACAUUCUUGGAUCUCGAAAACAGGCGUUGCAUGAUUCUGACCGGACCUAACCAGAGUGGAAAAUCUACUUACCUACAUCAGGUGUGUAUGCUAGCUAUUCUGGCCCAGAUUGGUUGCUACGUGCCAGCCGAUAAAUACAUCACCGGAAUUUUUGAUCGGAUAUUUAUAAAAACGGGCACUCAUGAAGAUCUCAUGAACGGCCAAUCGAUGGGCUUGUCGGAAUGGAACGACAUGGGCCUCAUUCUCAACCAAACGACCAAUAAUUCCUUGGUCUUGAUCGAUGAGUUGGGCUUGAGUACAUCUAUAUGCGAGGCGGAGGCGUUGAGCUAUUCCAGUCUAUAUUACUUGGUUGACGAGAUUAAAUGCCUAACCAUUUGCGCCACUCAUUUACCUCUGGUGACAACGUUGCAAGAGAAGUUUCCGGAAAACGUGGUUAAUUGUCACAUGUCAACCAUUUUAGAGGAAAUUAUAGUCCAAUCUACCCCCAGCCAAACAACCACUGAAACUAAUCAAGACUUGACUUACCUAUAUAAGUGCGUCGAAGGUCGAACACUUAAUAGUCACGGAAUCAAUUCGGCCCGUUGUGCUGGACUACCACGGGAUAUCGUCGACAAAGCUAAUUCCAUAGCUCGCAAAUAUGAAGCCGUAUAUCACAAUGACAAAAAAACCUUGGACAACUUUCUAGAUUAUUUCACUGAAACUCCAAGGACGAUACUAUGAUAUAUCUAUCAACCAAAUUUUAUUUAAAAGAAAUUCUAUGCACGCAGACUCGUUCAGAUUUAUAUUUAAAAUUAUACAAUAUAUAGAUUUAUAAAUUAUUAUUUAUUUUUUGGAAUUUAUAUAUGUAUUCAUAAAAUUGGAAAAGUUUUUUAUGUAUAAUAUUUAUCAUAUAUAAACUUUGUAUAUAA